AUGGGUCCCCCUCGGCGCAAGGUACUCGCUACGGCGGAAGAGACGAUGGUCCCUCCGGGUGAGCUCGCUCAGGGACAUCUGAUCACACGAGUCAUCAAAGCCACGGGUAACAACAUCUACCUGGUGGAGACGCCAUCCAAGGAGUCGGCUCUGGUCGAAUUGCCUUCGCGAUUCCGUUCGACCAUCUGGAUCAAGCGCGGAUCUUACGUGGUGAUCGACACCAAUGCUCUGGAGGGUCGUGACAAUAAGCUGAAGGGUGAGAUUGUCAACAUUGUGCGGGAUGAGAAGGCGUGGCGCAAGGCCCCGUUCUGGCCCAAGGAGUUCACUAAGCAAGUUGUUGCUGCGUCGGACGACGAAGAAUCAGAGGAGGAGUCUAAUGUGGGCAAAUUGCCGCCUUCGGAUGACGAGUCGGAUGCUUGA